AUGGCCCCGCAGCAAACAGGUAGCAGGAAGCGGAAAGCGCCCGCCGAGAGCUCGUCCUCUCAGGGCUCGGCGGCGGACGCAGAGGGGCCGCUGCUGCCUAAGAAGCAGAAGCGGCCGGCGACGCGGCGCUCGCUGGUGCAGUACCUGAAGGACCGCGAGGUGGGCGCGCGGGGCGGCGCCGGGCUGUCGGGCUCCAAGGGCGAACUGCGCGGCUACGCGGUGCAGAAGCUGCCCGAACUCUUGAGGGAGCGCGAGCUGGCCCUGGGCACGCUCAACAAGGUGUUCGCGUCGCAGUGGCUGAACGCCAGGCAGGUCGUGUGCGGCACCAAAUGUAACACCCUCUUCGUGGUGGACGUGCACUCGGGGCAAAUCACGCGCAUCCCCCUGAUGCGGGACCGGGGGCCCUGGCUGGCCCGGGCCCAGCCGAGCUGCGGCAUCCACGCCAUCGAGCUGAAUCCCUCCAAGACGCUUCUGGCCACGGGGGGAGAGAACCCCAACAGCCUGGCCGUCUACCAGCUGCCCACCCUGGACCCCGUGUGCCUGGGCGACCGCCACGGCCAUAAGGACUGGAUCUUCACCAUCGCCUGGAUGAGCGAUACAGUGGCUGUGAGCGGCUCCCGCGACGGCACUGUGGCUCUAUGGCGGCUGGACCCCGACAUGUUCAAUGGCAGCAUCGCCUGGCACAAUGACGCGGGGCUUCCUGUGUACGCCCACAUCCGUCCGAGGGACAUGGAGACCAUCCCCAGGUCCAGCACCAGCCCCAGUAACCGCAAGGUGCGGGCCUUGGCCUUUAGUGGCAAGAACCAGGAGCUGGGAGCCGUGUCCCUGGACGGCUACUUCCACCUGUGGAAAGCCCGGAGCACUCUGUCCAGGCUGCUGUCCAUCAGGCUGCCCUACUGCCGAGAGAACGUGUGCCUGACCUACUGCGAAGAGUUGUCCCUGUAUGCAGUGGGUUCCCAGUCCCAUGUCUCCUUCCUAGAUCCGCGCCAACGCCAGCAGAAUAUCCGGCCCCUGUGCUCCCGAGAGGGCGGCACAGGGGUGCGUUCGCUGAGUUUCUACCAGCACAUCAUCACCGUGGGCACGGGCCAUGGCUCCCUGCUCUUCUAUGACAUCCGUGCCCAGAAGUUCCUGGAGGAGAGGGCGUCGGGCAGCCCAGACUCCUGUCCUGGGCCCUCAGGAAGGAAGCUCAAGCUCACCUGUGGCAGAGGCUGGCUCAACCACGAUGACCUGUGGGUGAACUACUUUGGCGGUAUAGGGGAGUUCCCCAACGCGCUCUACACCCACUGCUACAACUGGCCUGAGAUGAAGCUCUUCGUGGCUGGAGGGCCUCUCCCUUCAGGCCUGCAUGGGAACUACGCAGGCCUCUGGAGCUAAGGAUGGCCAGUGUGUUCUCAAAGUGCCCAGAUUUACCUUCCAGUCCCCGCUCACUUUCUUCUUCACGCUGUGCUUUGUGCUUUUUAACUCAGUGUGGCAUUUGUCUUCUAGGUUGAAAGUGCCCAGCUUACCUGUGUUUAGUGUAUUUAGGCAGAGAGAGAAAGAGAGAGACAAAUCAAAGGUGAUCUUUGGGCAAUCAAAAGUUGGCUUUAAGAUUUUUCUGUACCUCUCCCAACACCACCAUGUUUUUUGCCUCCUCUUACAAAGAAUUUUGUCUAAUCUUUAAUUGUGUUCUCUGAGUGAUUGACAUAUGCUCUUUCUUUGGGCUGUUGUAGAGGUGGUACCCCCUACAAUUCAAUACUUUUUUUUUUACCAAUAUUUCAACAGUAUGUUCAGGUCUUCUACACAUUUCAGAUGUAUGGUAUUUUGGGAAAAUAAUAUGCUAAAAGGUAUCUUUGGGGCUGGUUGGAGGAACUACCCUUCAUAUAUAUAAGAGAACAGGUAUAUAGCUCUGCUCUAGAAAAUGCAUUUUAAGAUCUGGAUUGCCACCAUUUGGGGCCUGUUUCAUUUGGAUUUUGGAACCUGGUUGUUUGUUGUUUGUAUAUUUUUGGUACAUAAAAUAUUUAAAAAUAUGUUUUCUUCAUCAAGAAAUCUUAGAAUGGUGUUCACCCUAUUAAUCACAAUUUUGAUUAGUAAUUUUAUUUUAUUUUAUUCAGUAAAUUUUAUUCAGUAAAAUUUAGCCCCAGGUCCUCAGCCUUCUUGUUUAAAGCUGCUAUAACACAGCCUGCUUUCCUGGGUAUCAUUUAUGCUACAGAUUUCCAUAGCUAAUCAAAACUGGCCUAUACAUGGCAGGACAAUCAGGGAAGUUCUUUUGGGGGUAAACAUUUCUUUAAAGUUUAGGUAACACUAUCCAGGCAGCCAUUUACACAGAAAGGCCCGCUGUUGUGCUCAAUGUAGAUGUUGUUGACAAAUUUUUUUAUUAUAUACAUGGGUAUUCCUUUUAUUGGGAUUGUGUAUGUGAUGGAUUGCAGAAAAAAUAAAACUUGUUUAGCAUUUUAGCAAUUAAGUACUAGGCUAAGGUUUUUUAAUGCUUACAUAUCUAUUUUUUUCUUAAUUGUCUUCUAGGAAUAUAUUUAUCAAAGUCAAAAUCUUCCAAGAGACCAGAUGAAACUGAAACAUUAGCUGUGCACACAUUACUCUGUAUAUUUGUUUUUGAAAAGCAAACUUAUGCUAGUAUCAUGGGUGAAAAGAUGAAAUAACAUCUUGAAUGCCUUAUCAAAAUAUACUUGCUAUAGGUUGGAC